UUGUUAACUCUAAUAAUGUGUGCCGUCAGGCAAUUUUAAGUCUCCCCCCAGAACCACCUAGGACGCUCCAGACCAUGUUGCAGGUUUGCCAGCAAAAGGUUCCGUUCAUUCAGCAGCAAACACCUCCCACCUGCAAACCAGCACAGAAGAAGGUGCACGUCGCUGAGACCGGCAUGCAGCAGCGACCGCCUUUCCGGAAGUCAUUGACGCCCAAAACAUCCUUUAAAGAGAUGAGGUGUCUGAUUUGCGGUGACAGAGGGCACUUCGUCAAAGACUGUCCACACAAUGCGUUGGCGCACGCAAAGAAUCAGCAAGAGGCGUCUGGGCCAAAUCAAAAAAACUAGGAGGGGAGUGCGGGCCCGCCCGGCGCGAAGACCCCAACGGGGCGGGUCAGAAACAUCACGCAGCAGCCGUUUUUAGGGGUCAAUGGGAUUUGCUGACGAACACCAACUGGUUUGUCCCUCACUCCGAAAGGGGGGAGAAUGCACCGGAUGUGACAACUGUCUCCUUUUUUAACCCUUUUAGGCUUCGAUUGGUCCACUCGAUCCACCUGACAAACGAGGCCUGGAAAAUUACUGACGUUGAAUUGACUGACUUAACGGAUUGGCCGUUGAAAUCACAAGUUUGUUACAGGUCAACCCAACCACCCCAACCAUGAAAAUCAUCUUCGACAUCAUUAUACUUGCCAGUCUCCUCGUGCUGAAUCAAGCCUGGAUCGUCCCCCAGCCCCAGGAGAACGUGUGGGCCGUCCUGGCCAAGUCACUCGGCCAGGACCACAUUUGUCUGAGCCAAACGAGUGCCUCCAAUCCCUUGGCAUCCUGCCUUGUGGGGAUCCCAUUUAAAGACCGAGAAAUGCCCAAGUUGCUUUUAGGUUAUGCUCAAAAACUCAGACAAGAAGCUGCAAAGAUGGAGUAUGACCUAAAGCACGACCGUUACAUCAUUGCGUGGUACAAUUAUUUUAAGAGCCUCCCGAAAUUAGAAAAUGAGCCCCAGGAGCUUGAGCUCCUAGGCUCUGCUAAAGCAGCAUCUUGUUUUCAUAUUCGUAAUGAUCAUGUUCAGCGUCACCACCGUCAUUUUGUUUCCUCCAAAGCCCAUUUUAAUACCCAUUGGUGCAACGCUGUGUCUUUUAGUUACCCUCCAGCUCCCUACCCCAAGUCCGCCCAAGUCUUUGCCCAUCCCCGUCACCUUCCCAAGGGAACAUUUUUGAUCUGUGGAGACCACGCAUGGGCAGGCAUCCCCUCUCACCUCUCCGGAGGCCCGUGCACCUUUGGGACCCUCGGAUUGUUCUCACCCAACAAAACGCAAAUUUUAGAUUGGGUCAAGCAAAAUUCUACAAAUGGUGCACACCAAUUGGUACACUCUAGAAGGAAGAGAGAAGACUACUCUCUUAAAAAAUUGGCGGACGAUUGCGACGAAGAAAUUAUUCAUUGGAGUCGAUCUAAAGGAGUCGCAAUCACUGUUUUCGCACCGUGGGUCGCAAUUGCAAAGGCCCUCGGGGAAUUAGGCCAUUUGGAGUGUUGGGUAGCGAAACAAUCCCGUUUAACUUCUAGGGCCCUAUCCAACCUCCUGAGAGAUGAGGAAAUAACAAGGCAGGCAACUCUUCAGAAUCGCGCAGCCAUCGACUACCUCUUGCUCUUGCAUGGGCACUCCUGUGAGGAAUUCGAUGGCUUGUGCUGUUUCAACUUAACAUCGAGAGCCAAGGGAACGCGAGAGGCAAUCAAGCGGCUAGAAGAUAUGGUGGGACAGAUCCGUCAAGAAACAGGAGACUGGAUCAGCAAUUUGUUUAAGGGCUGGGGUGUGUCUGGGUGGGCUACUUCGGUUGUUAAGACAAUUCUUUUAAUUGUGUUCAUUGUUCUAGUUUCAAUAUUAGGGUUCGGGAUCAUCAGGAGGAUGAUGUUAAAUUUGAUUUCCACCUCCAUGUCUCCCAAAAAGACUGAGGUCCACCGGGUUGAGAUAACAGAAGAAUUUGAGGAUGCUGAGGAAGGCCCUGCUGAUGAAGAUGACCUGGCAGCUGAACUCGAAAUUGCUGUGGAAGAAGUUCAAAGCUUGCCGAGAGAGAAAUGGCCUACUCAGCAGCCUUGGUUUGUGGAAGCUUAUCCGAGAUCAGAAAUCCGGAUGGAUCCUCAGCACACCAGACUUUGGAGAUGAAAGAACUGCUGCAUUUUAUUUAAAAAGAAAGGGGGAGAUGUGGUGGUGUGCGUUUGUGAUUAUGAGCUGUGUUGGACCUUUUAUGAACCUUGUUUGAGGAAAGUUAAGACAGAGACUAUAUGAAGGACUUAGUAAGUGAUCUAGAGAGUUCGUGCCAAGAUGGAUGGUGGACAGACGAAGGAGAAGAAUCUUGAAAGGUUAUUUGGAGUUGUAGCUGAGGGCGCUGAUAGAAGGAUUAAGGAGGGAGGAAACUGAGAUAGGGGAAGUAGAAAAGGAUUUUAGAGUGGUUUACUAUUGUGGGUGGAAAAUAGACAUGUGGAAAUGUUAGUAAGAAGGUUGUAUUAAGGUUUAAUUAUAUCACGUUUGUACAGGUUUAGUUCCCUGUAUUUCCCCUUCUCUGUACCCCCUCCUCCCUAAUUGAUAUUCAGACUCCCUGCUGAGUUACCUACAGCCUGUUCUAUGUUUAGCACCUCAGUUAACUGUCAAUCCCCUUUCCCGCCUUGAGUUACUCCUCCCAACUCCUCCUGAUUAGUCCCGGUUCCCCAACUCCUCCCCUGCGCUCCCCAGAGAUAGCAUUUGAUUUGUCUAGAGGAAAGGAGACACCCCUUUCCCCGCCCCUAUUCUAGUCCCUUAAAAGUUGCUGCACAGCUUUGUUCUGGGUUCAGAUCGUCUGGUUCCUGGUUGUGUUAAUAAACCCGUUCCUGUUCUCGCUGCGUCUGGACCCUCUCUUCUUGCUUCUGCACGCUUGGAAAGCCCUGGGGAGGAACGAGAGAACCUCUCUUGGUGGCACAAGAACCCACAGGGAUCAAUCCUGCUCAGCCUGCUGCAGGUUGACCCUUCUUUACUGUGCCGUGGUGCACGAGCUGGCCCGGCGGAAAGCAACAGGCUUUCAAAGCACCGCG